ACGCGUGCGUGUUUGUGUGUGCGUGUGUGUGUUUGUGUGUGCGUGUGUGUGUUAGAUGCGGGGUACACAACAAGGGGGAGCGGGCAAGAGGCGUGGUUUUGUGCUUUGCGCGUUGCUCAGCUAAACGCAAAUUUGGCAUAUAUAUGCAAAAUGAGCAGCGACUGCAGGCAGCCAGUAGCGCGCGGAGCCAGCCGAGGAAUUCAACAGGUACCUACAGACAUUACCCUCUCUCUCUGUCACUCUUCCAGCGCGGAUGUAUCGACUCCAUUGGACUCAUUCUAUGUGAUGAAUGGAAAUAAAAUCUUCACCGAUUGGAAAACGGUCACUCUGCAGUGAUCUCUGCCAUCUGGAAUAUUUCACCUGGGAGAUAUUGAUAUAUAUUUCGAUCCGUUUAGCGCAAUUUAAAAGACAUAAAAAAAGGGUUCUGCCCAUCAUGAAGCGGUCUCUUCCUUUAGCGGGCUGGGUCGGGGCGGCCAGCUUGUUCCUGUGUUUGACCCAGACCGCCCUGGCCGUGGUCCUGACAAACUCCACCAAGCUGGAGUCCAUCCUGGACAAGUACAGGGACAAUGAUGAGGAGUGGUGGAGGGCAAGGUCGAGGGGGAGGAGGGCCAUCAGCGAGGGGGACAUGCACCUCAUCCUGGACUUGCACAACAAGCUGCGAGGCCAGGUCCACCCACCUGCCUCCAACAUGGAGUACAUGGUGUGGGAUUACGAGCUCGAGAGGAGCGCGGAGCACUGGGCACAUACCUGCCGAUGGGAACAUGGACCGAGCCACAUGUUGACACAAAUAGGUCAAAACCUUGGAGCGCACUGGGGCAGGGACCGCCCCCCUACCUACCAUGUCCAGGCCUGGUAUGAUGAGGUGAGGUACUACAGUUAUCCCUACUCCCAGGAAUGCAACCCACACUGCCCACUCAGAUGUUCAGGACCUGUUUGCACUCAUUACACUCAGUUGGUGUGGGCGACGAGCAAUCGCAUUGGCUGUGCCAUCAACGUGUGUUACAACAUGAACGUGUGGGGGAUGAUCUGGACUAAAGCCGUCUACCUGGUCUGCAACUACUCUCCACCGGGCAACUGGUGGGGUCAUGCUCCAUACAAAUAUGGAAGUCCGUGUUCUGCCUGUCCAGCUAGCUAUGCUGGGGGUUGCAGGGCAAAUCUCUGCUACAAAGAUGGUGGCGCUGACAGGCGUCCAGCUCCUGAGAUUGAGGAGACCAAUUACAUUGAACCGGAACUGGAACCAGUGAGGGACAGGGAACCCCAACCCAGGGCACAGACACCAAACCUCUCGCCCAAUGACAACCUAGAGAGAAGCCAAGUUGUCAGCACAGAGCAGAUGUGUCAACAAGUCGACUGUGAGACCAAGCUGAGAGAUCAGUGCAAGGGGACAACCUGUAACAGAUAUGAGUGUCCGCCAGGCUGCCUCGACAGUCCUGGAAAAGUCGUUGGGGCUGGAUAUUAUGACAUGCAAUCUAGCGUGUGUGGAGCAGGGUUGCACUCUGGUGUUAUUGACAAUGACGGCGGAUGGCUGGAUGUGACCAGACUGGGCCGAAAGCAACAAUUCACUAAGUCACACAAGAAUGGGAUUCAAUCGAUUGGGAAAAACAGAAGCGCAAAUUCCUUCAAAAUAGAGUCGGUGCCUGUCAAGGCACUAUCAUGCGACACCACCGUUGCACUUUUCUGCCCUUUCAAGAAACCUGUGCGACACUGUCCCAGGUCUUAUUGUCCCAGGAACUGUCUACGUGACAGUGGAGCCCGAGUCAUUGGGACAAAAUACUACUCAGAUAAAUCCAGUAUCUGCAGAGCUGCUGUUCAUGCUGGAGUGAUCCAGAAUGAGUCAGGAGGGUACCUCGAUGUGAUGCCUGUGGAUAAAAGGAAGCAGUACAGUGGCAGCUACCAGAAUGGCAUCACCUCAGAGAGCCUACUGAACCUGACAAGUGGAAAAGCCUUCAGAGUGUUCGCUGUCAUCUGAAAACACUCUCAAAGGACAUAGUGCCAUCCAACAUGGCCACUUCACAUCCAGCAAACCGACUCAUUAUCAUCUUGCAACCUGUAAUUACAGUCAUUCUUACGGUAAAUAAUGCGGCGUCUGAUACUUAAAGUGUAACAUUGCCUUACUCAAGGUUUCUCCUCUUUACUUCUGGGUCAUGAGCGAACCCGUGUCAAAUUAUAUUUCAGCAAAGGCUGUUUGGUGAACAAUGAUUCGGGAUGUCUUUUGCAUUACGUCUCUCCUAUAUUUCAAGUGCUGACAGUAAUAACCACAUUGGGCUGCCAUGCAUCUUUCUGUUAUCAUGACUUCAUAUUUUUUUGUAUCACUUAAAGCAGAAUGUACACCCCAGAUGUAGCAACGCUCUCAAUGCUCACCACAAUGGUCAAAAUAUAACCUCAGAGAUUUUAUCAAAAUAUUUUUAGAUUUUGUCUCAGCUCUAUGAAGACACACGGCAGCUAAAUGAUACAUAAGUCAUAAAAUCUGUUCUGGUGUCUUGUGGGAACAAGAUUAGAUGGCUAUUUAGUCAAACCAUCGGGGCUGAAGUUAACUCCUGGGUAUUUUGUGCCCAUUAAACUAGCAUAAAACACUGUCUUGUAUAUGCUAUGGAGGACCAAACAUGGAGAUUUUUAAUUAGUAUUUUCAGUGUUUUUUCUUCUUCUUUUCUUUGUAUUAGCAGGAUUUCUCUGUCCAUCUGCAUCAUUUAUUGUUUAUUUUCCUUCUUGACAUCUUUUUAUACAUCUAAUCACUAUAUUGAUGUUGGAUUGGGCAGUUUCCCAUUUCAUUGGUACCGGAUCAUCUGAGACAGUUUUAGAACUAUGAUUCCUGUAACAUUUUUGCAAUGAUAAUAACCACCACUGCAAUUUACAUUUAUUGGCAUGAAUUGUAUUCUACUUCUACUGUAGAAAAUAUUUUAAUCUCAAAUAUGUUUGCAGAAGUUGCAAUUGGAUGAUUAUUUUGAUGUUUACUGACAACAUUUUUGAAAGUUCAACUAACUUUUUUUAAAUUUUUAUUAUCCAUGCAUCGAAACUACAGUAAAUGUUACAUAAAUUGUAAAUAAACUCUGGCUAUGUGGAGGUUAUGGUUAGGCAACUCAAAGACGCUUUCUUCAGCUAACAUUAACUCACUGAUGUUGUUCUGGAAGGUAAGCGAACUCCGGUCUCCGGGAGUCAGGCGCCACACGUACCCAUCAAUCACGCCACGUCAACACACUUUGCUGGUAAACCUGUUUACCUGAGUGGUCUCGCAGCAUCAUGUGUGUUGGGACCGAUCCAUGUGGCUGUAUUUCAAAUGUUGCAUAUUGAAGAUUUAAUUCAUCAUAUCAUAAGUUGGUUCAGCUAUUAAAUCUGUGCUGCCAUAAAUCAGGCUAUAUGCACACAAGGAGAGGGAUUCUUUUUCAAAUGUAUUACAUUCCUAUCAAGUCUGGUUUUGGCCUCCAUAUAUCCUUAUAUAUAUAUUUGUCACAGUGGUACACCAACAAUGCAGGCAGUAAAAUACAGAUUGUAUAUUAAUGUACAUAAUGUUGUAAAUAGUAUUGAACACUUUGUAAUGCUACUUUUUCCUUAACAUUUCUAAUACAUUGCCAGCCAUACAAAGAGCAAUACAAGCGAUAAGCAGUAGAUGCUGAAACAGAUUCUGCAUGCAAUCAUAUAUUUGUAACUCAAGCUGUUAUUUUUUAUAAAGGACAAUCAUUAUAUUCAUGUUUGUAAAUAUUGGGUAUGUAACAUAUUGUUUUAUUUUAUGCUGCAUUUCCCAGUUUUUGUUAAUAGAUUUAUAUAUAUGGACCCUGGCUGGCCAGGAACAUGCAUGUCAGAACUACAAAUAAAUGACUUGGAGAUUAAAUUCA